GCAUCUCACGAAACUCGAAUCUCAUUCGUCUGUUCACCAGCAACCCUGCCAGGCGCUCCCACCCUCAGCCCAUCACUAAAGCAGCCGCCAUGGCAGAGAAGCCGCAGGACCUGGUCGAGAGUCGGCACGUGGAGGCGACGCUGGCGAAGGACAAGGGCCCCGACGCCCGCCUCCUGUCCUGGGCCGUCAAGGACUUCACGCAGAAGGGCGACAACAUGGCCACGGCCGUCACGAGCGUCGACGUAAGGUAUUCGCUAAAGGACGCCGACCGACGCGUAUCUUACGUCGUCAAGAUCAACCCGAUGCGGAAGGAAACGCAGAUUGACGCAUUUACGUGUAACCUCAUCAAGAAGGAGAUUCACUUCCACACGGUCAUACUGCCGGAGCUCAACGAAGCCUUGACAUCAGCGGGCUGCGAGAAACUGAGGAUCCCCGCGUUCUAUUUCGCGGAGAAGGAACCCGGCAGGGAAUUGCUCUUCUUUGAGGACCUUCGGGAUCGGGGAUUCAGAAUGACCGACCGCAAGAAAGGCCUGGACGCUGCGCACGCAAAUCUCGUCCUGAAGGAAUUGGCGAGAUUUCAUGCAACUUCGCACAUUCUGCUGGCCAGGAACGGAGAUUUGACUGACCGAUACCCGCUCCUGAAGAUUGACUUCGCUACGAGUACAGGCCAGCAAAGGGAAUUCCUCCAGGGUAUGUUCGGAAGCCAUUUGCUACCUGCUAUCAACCUUCUUCAGGAAGUCGAGGGAUAUGACAGCGUCCUGCAGUGGGCCAUCCGGAGCCAGCAGAAUGUUAUGGACGUCCUUCGAGACCAAGUGACCGACGGAGCGUCUCCUUUCAAACUAAUGUGUCAUGGUGACUGUUACAGCAAUAACCUUCUAUUUAGGUAUGACGAAACAGGUGCUCCGGUUGAGGUGAUGCUCCUAGACUUACAGGUCACCCGCUAUGCUUCCCUCGCCAUUGAUGUGAGCUACUUACUCCUCACGAGCCUGGGAGGAUCCGUCAUAAGCAGUAGCGUGCAGGACUUCCUCAAUGCCUAUUACGCGUCCUUCAGCGCCGUGACGGAGGCAACAGGACACCCCGUUCCCUUUAGCUUCAAAGACCUUCAGCAGGAGUUCCGAAACAAGCUCCCGUUCGGCCUGCUCUUCGGCCUCAUCGUGCAUCCGUAUGUCGUCAUGAGUUCCUCUGACAUGCCCGAGGCCGAGGUGUUCCUCAGCGACCACGACAAGGAGGAGGUCAAGCAGAAGAUCCUGCACGCCCUGGAAAACAACCCUCUGCUGAGACCGAGGCUUCUGUCCGUCUGCGACUACGUGAUCAGAGAAGGGGUCGUCGACUAAGGUUUCGCUUGGGAGCUGUGGGAGUUCUGCGUAGAAGUUCUGCGUUUAUUGAAGUUCUGCGUGGAAAUUCUGCGUGGAAGUUGUGGUAGUAUUAUUUCCGGUUUAAAUCAGAUCCUUACAAGUUGUAGAGUAAAAAGUUUUAUCAUGCCUUUUCGAAUAAUUGUCCGAUUCGUUGUUUCAAAAUUUGGUCAGUUGUUCAUUGGCAAAAAACAAACAAACACGUAUCCAUAUUUUUUAAGCUAUUACGUUUUUUUUAAAGCUUGUGUCCUUAGACUGAAACGUAGAGAGACCAGAUAUUCAGUCUAUUGAAGUUCUUUGAGACAGUGAAUGUAAUUCAUUAUAUUAUCAGGUGAAAAAAUACGAAACAACAUAGUUAAUAGUUACAAAAGACAAAAUGGACGAGUUAAUGUUGAUCUUUUAAACAAUCAUCGUCGGAAAUAAGUAUGAUGAAUAUUUAUAAUACUAAACCUUAUUUGAAAUUUUCAGAUAGGUAGACUGAAUUUUUAAUUUUCAAUCUUGGACUUCAUGAUCGUAAAAUGUUUUUUGAAGUUAACAGAAAGAGACAAAUAAAAUAUUUCCUCUUAUA